GAAAAGUCGGAUUGUAUCGGGACGGAAGCAUGUGGCCAGUGCAUGCGCAUCAUAUUUACCGGGGUACAGCCACUGAACCACUGGUUUUGCAUGCGGCAUUACAUGUAACUACGAUGUGCAACGGUUUCAAUUAACUUUUUGGCAUUUGAGAAGCUUCAACAAUUUUUUUUACAACCCUCCUUUCACCAACAUCUCAUCAUACCUACCAGGUACUACCUCCCACUAGAAAGCUCUUCAUUGUCGGAAGCUUCUUCUACAGCUUCCCAUAGGUCAAUUGCUUCGACAUGCAAGCUUUCUCUAGACAUCUGCGUCCUGGCGCUGCUGUCCUGCGCCAGGUCUCUCGACGAGCGUACAGCUCUACCACAUCCCCUUACUCCCAGACCAUCAACAACCUGCGCAUCAACUCCGACACCAAGGUUAUAUUUCAAGGCUUCACUGGAAAGCAGGGAACUUUCCAUGCUCAGCAAGCCAUUGAAUAUGGUACCAAGGUUGUCGGGGGCACAAACCCCAAAAAAGCUGGUCAAGAGCAUCUCGGUCUCCCUGUCUUCGGAAAUGUUGGUGAGGCUGUGAAGGCCACAGGUGCGAACGCCACCGCUAUAUUCGUGCCUCCUCCGUUAGCCGCCGCCGGUAUCGAGGAAGCCAUCGCUGCCGAAAUCCCCCUCGUUGUUUGCAUCACCGAGGGUAUUCCCCAACACGACAUGGUUCGAAUUACCGAUAUCCUCAAGUCACAGUCUAAAACCCGCCUCGUUGGUCCUAACUGCCCUGGUAUCAUUGCGCCCGGCCAAUGCAAGAUCGGCAUCAUGCCCGGUUUUAUCCACAAGCGCGGUCGCAUCGGCAUCGUCUCUCGUUCUGGUACCUUGACCUACGAAGCCGUUAACCAGACCACCCAAACCGGUCUCGGUCAGUCGCUCGUCGUUGGUAUUGGCGGCGACCCUUUCAGCGGGACCAACUUUAUUGACUGCCUCAACGUGUUCUUGAAAGAUGAAGAGACGGAUGGCAUCAUCAUGAUUGGAGAGAUUGGCGGAUCUGCUGAGGAAGAUGCGGCCGAUUUCCUUAAGGCGAACAAUACCGUCAAUGGUGGCAAGCCCGUCGUAAGCUUUAUCGCCGGUAUCAGCGCUCCUCCAGGACGACGAAUGGGUCAUGCGGGUGCAAUCGUAUCUGGAGGCAAGGGUGGUGCCGACUCCAAGAUCAAGGCCCUAGAGGCUGCUGGCGUUAUCGUAGAACGUUCACCUGCCAGCCUGGGUCGCACCAUGAGAGAAGCAUUCGUCAAGCGAGAUCUAUUGUAACCAGCUUCCGUCAUACGAAGAAGCGAGAAGGGUAAUAGCUGCCUAGCUGCCUAGGUACCAUAGUAUCUUGCAGCCCGAGUGAGCUUAAUAUUUCACGAGGAACGUCGGCCAUAAAUGUAUAACGCUGCAUCCACGCGGAAGCAGGAUUGGGACCAGAUAUGGGGGUGGGCAAGCUGAGUUGCAUCUGCUGCCAAGAGAACAUAUUGUUUUUUUUACGCUUACGAUAGACGGGCGGCGAAUAGUGCAUUGUAUCUUGGUGUAUUUGUCUCCCCAAUAAACCUACUUCAACUUAGAUCUUAGAUGGUUACAUGCAUUUCAAGUGAUGUGUAUCUACAUACCUGCGUAAGUCGAGG